GGCUAGAAGAAUUAGUUAUUAGUAUUACAGAUAAGUAUUGAUUUGCAUAAAGACAAUGGACAACGGACAUUUUGAUCUGUUUCCUCCGUUGGAGAGAAUACAGAAGGAGGCACAUGUGUCAUCCUUUGAACAGUACAAGGAGAUGUACAAGCAGUCUGUGGAGGACCCCGCCGGCUUUUGGAGGGAGAUUUCAAAACAAUUCUUUUGGAAGUCUCCCCCAACCGGGGAAUUCCUUCAGUAUAACUUCGAUUGCCGCAAGGGUCCCAUCUUUAUCAAGUGGAUGGACGGAGCACAGACCAAUAUAUGUUACAAUACUCUUGAUAGAAACAUUGAGAGGGGAAUGGGGAACAAGAUCGCCUUUUACUGGGAAGGUAACAACCCAGAAGAUGUUGGCUCCAUCACAUAUCAGCAGUUGUUAGAAGAAGUUUGCAAGUUUGCCAAUGUCCUCAAAAAGAUUGGUGUUCAGAAGGGAGACAGGGUAGCUAUAUAUAUGCCUAUGAUACUGGAACUUAUUGUUGCCAUGUUGGCUUGUGCUCGCAUCGGGGCAGUUCACUCCAUCAUCUUUGCGGGGUAUUCAUCGGACUCCCUAGCGGACCGAAUCCUGGAUGCUCAGUGUCAUGUCGUCUUAACAGCUGAUGGCGUUUGGAGAGGGAUUAAGCUGUUAAAUGUGAAAAAGAUUGUAGAUGAUGCUGUAGAUAUUUGUCGCAAAUCAAAUCAUGAGGUUCGUACCUGUGUUGUUGUGAGACAUCUUUCCCCAUCAGAAGAACAAAUACAGACCUUAAAGCAUGAUGAGACGACAGAACCACCUGCAAUGCGACCUUCUUUGAAACUCAAGAUUUCAUGGCAUGAAGGUAGAGACAUCUGGUGGCAUGAUAUAAUGGUUGGUCAGUCUAAAGAGUGUGAUGUAGAAUGGAUGCAGGCAGAGGACCCACUCUUUAUGCUCUACACAAGUGGUUCCACGGGGAAGCCUAAGGGAGUGCUCCACACUGUCGCAGGAUACAUGCUGUUCUCUGCCACUACAUUUAAGUUCUCGUUUGACUACCACCCUGAUGAAGUCUACUGGUGCACCGCUGAUGUUGGAUGGAUCACCGGUCACACCUACACAUGUUAUGGUCCACUGAACAACGGAGCAACUGGAAUUAUAUUUGAAGGAGUGCCAUUUUACCCUGAUGCAGGUCGAUUUUGGGCCAUCAUAGAGAAAUACAAAGUCGCCAAGUUCUACACGGCACCCACUGCCAUCAGAGCCCUCAUGAAGUAUGGGGAUAGUCAUGUCACAAAGUAUGAUAGAAGCACCCUUAAGGUCCUGGGUACUGUGGGUGAACCAAUCAACCCUGAGGCAUGGCUGUGGUACUAUAAUGUAGUAGGGAAUAAGAGGUGUGCCAUUGUAGACACCUUCUGGCAAACAGAGACAGGAGGUCAUGUGAUCACCCCACUCCCAGGAGCCACUACCACCAAACCAGGUUCUGCUACAUUUCCAUUCUUUGGAGUUGUUCCUGUCAUUCUGGAUGAAGAGGGACGAGAAAUCACAGAGGCUGAUAAAGAGGGAUAUCUGGUGUUUAAGCAGCCUUGGCCAGGUAUAAUGAGAACUGUGUAUGGUAACCAUGAGAGAUUUGAGACAACUUACUUUAAAAAGUUUCCAGGUUACUACUGCACAGGAGAUGGAGGUAAGAAGGAUAGUGAUGGAUAUAUCUGGGUGACAGGGAGGAUAGAUGAUAUGGUCAAUGUCUCGGGGCACCUGCUGAGUACAGCCGAGAUUGAGUCUUCUCUGGUGGAACACCCCAAAGUUGCAGAGGCAGCUGUUGUAUCACACCCCCACAAAAUUAAGGGCGAGUGUACCUACUGCUUUGUGACACUCAAGGAGGAUGAAAAAUUUACUGAGGAAUUGGGAAAUGAACUCAAGAUGAAAGUGAGAACAAAAAUUGGUCCAUUUGCAAUGCCAGAUUUUGUUCAAAAUGCUCCAAGUCUGCCAAAAACCAGGUCUGGUAAAAUAAUGAGGAGGAUCCUUCGUAAGAUUGCCGUCGGGGAUCGUAACGUUGGUGACAUCACAACCCUCGCAGAUGACACUGUGAUUGAUACUUUGUUCGGUCUUCGUCCAGAGAAUGCAUAAUAGACUGGAUCAUUAAAAGCAUCAGGGACCAUCGCCACACUCGAUACUUACAUUAGAAAUUGUGCCAAUCGGACCAUCACCACACUUGAUUAUAGAAAUGAAACAGAAUCAAUAUUAAAUCAUGUCAUGAUGCCUUAAACUUUUUCAGAAUUCGUCAUUGUAAUCAUGUGGUCAACCUGUUCACACUUUAAAAAUUUCCAUGACAAUUCAAUGAAUCUGAUUAAAACCCACAUAAUUCAUAGGUAAGGGAGAGUAUCAUAUUUUCCCAAGGAUUUAAUUACUUGUGUAUACUCAGUAUGACCUGUUAUUUAAAGUACAUGAAUGUACUGUUGUGCAUUUUAGGAUAUUACAAAAUCUCUGGAAUGCUUUUUAUGUUUACAGGGACUUGUUAAAAGAGCCUCUUGUGAACUAGUUUUAUUUAGUAUAAUUAAUAGUGAACAAAUUUUUAUAAGAGAUGAUAUAAACAGAUGUUGUCAUGAACACUGAUUAAACUGUGGAAAGAA